AUGUUUGAAGUGUACGUUAUUCGCCAUGGACAAAGUGAGGCAAACAAAGCGAAAAUUCACCAAGGUAAUGGAUAUGACACGGAUCUGACGGAAGAAGGUAGGCUUCAAGCAGCUACACUCAAAACGGCACUUCCGUCAAAUCCGACGAAGAUCAUCGCCAGCCCCCUCAAACGCGCCCAUCAGACAUGCCAAAUUGCGACUGGAGAUGAUGCUCAGAUUCUCGAUAAAAGGCUCAUGGAAAGAUCGUUGGGAGAGCUCGAAGGCCUCUCGCAGCAAAGAGUCAAAGAAAUCGUCGUCGAGAUGGACCUCCUGAAUCGAUUCGAGCAUCCAGCGUGCGAAAAGUCGGAAGUUUUCAGAGCACGAGUCAUAGAAGCAUGGGAUGAAAUUCUCUCCAAAGCUUCUGCUGGCGAUAAAAUAUUCAUAUUCUGCCAUGGCGGUGUAAUGAAAGCAAUUGCGAAUUAUCUUGGAGAAAGAGGCGCGAGCUAUGAUUAUAUUACGAUUCCGAAAGACAGAAGGAAUUGCUGCAUCGAUUAUUAUAAAGUUGCUGAAGAUAGAUCAGUUAGAAUAGAAUACGUUAACAAUCAUGAACACAUUCCCGAAGAACUUGUUACUGGAUAG